AUGCAUGUCCCACACGAAAGAAACGGAACCAAACCGGAGCCAAAGCUGCCAUUGGAGAUUGGGCAGGGGAAACAAGGAUCAACGCGCCCUGCGACAUCAAGUGGAGGCGACUGGAGACGAAGAGUGCAGAAGAGAGUGACUGAAGACAGGGAGACAAGUCAGAUGCAAAAGGAGGCGCAGAUUGUGCAGUGUGCAGAGCAGUGGACAAAGUUGGCCGAGCGUACAUGUAAACGUACUCCGUACUCAACCAGGAACAAGAGUUGGAAGAAGGAGUGGAUAGGAGAGGAAAAGUCAUGA